AGCUUCAACAGCCGCAGCAACCGCCAACUGCCAACUGCCAACUCCCUCCCUGCACACCUGACCGUGCCGCGCUAGCUUCAAUGUCGAAAAUGCCGGCAUUCGGAAGACGAAAAACAAUCGCAUUCGUCUCCAUCACACUCUGCAUCCUCUUCUUGUACUCCUUCCGACGACUCGAUUCCUAUGACCCGCGUUUGUCUUUCGAUGACGGGGUUCGCGACGCAACUAGCGGCCCAACUCGUGCCCCAACUCGCGCCCCAGCCCUAAACACGAAAUGGACCAAACUAAAGACGAAGUACCCAGUCAAGGAUCUGCGGCCGCUUCCCACCGGGCAGCCGUCGGCGCUACCCAAGGUGCAGGCCGAAUUUGGCCCAGAGUCCGACUCGGACCGUGACCUGCGCCUCAAGAGGCGCGAUGCCGUCAAGGCAUCCUUUCAGCGCUGCUGGAAGUCGUACCGCAAGCUUGCCUGGAUGAGCGAUGAGCUCAAGCCCGUGAGCGGGGGGCGGCACGACCCCUUUGGCGGAUGGGGCGCCACGCUCGUCGACAGCCUCGACACCCUCUGGAUCAUGGGUCUGAUGGACGAGUUUGAGGAAGCCGUCGCCGCGUCGUCAACCAUCAACUUUGACAAGGUCUCCUCCCAGGACAUCAACGUAUUCGAGACCAACAUCCGCUACCUCGGCGGCUUCCUCGCCGCGUAUGACCUCAGCGGGGACGUGCGACUCUUGACCAAGGCCAGAGAGGUGGGCGAGAUGCUCUAUGUCGCUUUCGACACCCCCAACAGGAUGCCCCUGACGCGCUGGAACGCGUGGGCGGCUGGCUGGGGCAGGGCCCAGGUGGCCGACGACCACGUCCUGCUCGCCGAGAUCGGCACCUUUUCGCUCGAGUUCAUUCGCCUGUCCAUGCUGACAGGCGACCCGAAAUGGUACGACGCAGUGCAGCGCAUCAUCGAUCUGCUCCACAAGCAGCAGCAAACCACCGGCCUGCCGGGUAUGUGGCCGAUCGUGGUGAACGCCCGUAGGGCAGAGUUUAACCAGCAUCACGACUAUACCCUCGGCUCCAUGGCCGAUUCACUGUACGAAUACCUCCCUAAAACGCAUGCUCUCGUCGGCGGCCUGCUCCCCGUCUAUCGCGAGAUGUACGAGGCGGCGAUGCACACCGCCAUCAAGCACAACCUCUACCGGCCCAUGCUGCCCGACGAGAAGGACGUUCUCAUGUCCGGGCUGGUGACAGUCAAGACAGAGGACGGCAAGACGACCCGGCGCCUGCGCCCUGAGGGUCAACACCUCGUCUGUUAUGCGGGCGGCAUGCUCGCCCUCGGCGGCCGGCUGGUCGGGAACAAGACUCACGUGGAAAAAGGCGAAAAGCUGAUGGAUGGUUGUAUCUGGACCUACCAGAACAUGCCGCUGGGAAUCAUGCCCGAGACCUUCCAGAUGCUGCCGUGCGAGUCUGCCGACGACUGCCCGUGGGACGAGGACAAGUGGCGGGAAGCUGUGCUCUCCAGGGGCGGCCUGGAUCGCAAGACGGAUCCCGACGACGCCGACGAGGCCAUCCUCCGCAAAGGAAUACCCAAGGGCUUCGUCGCCAUCGGCGACAAGCGAUACAUGUUGCGGCCCGAGGCCAUCGAGAGCGUCUUCAUCUUGUACCGCAUCACCGGCCGCAAAGAUCUGCUCGAGUCGGCAUGGAAAAUGUACGAGGCGAUCGAGGAAAACACCAGGACGCCGCUGGCCAACUCGGCCAUUUGGGAUGUCACCGCCGCCGAGGGGACGCCCGAGCUGAGCGACUCGAUGGAGAGUUUCUGGUUGGGCGAGACGCUCAAGUAUUUCUACUUGAUGUUCAGCGAGCCCGAACUGAUCAGCCUGGAUGAGUACGUCUUCAAUACGGAGGCGCACCCGCUAAAGAGACUGCUCCCCUGAUUUCGGUCUGGCAAGCGAGGUUGGGUUAGUAGCAUCAUGGCUCCAUUAUUUUUGCACGGCACGCUACAGAAUGUUUCUUCUUGUAUCUCUCGGUUUUGUUUGUUAAUUGCCUGUAGUUUUUGCUCCAUUUCCAUCAAUAAUAAUUGUCAAGGUUCGGGUAACAGGCGAUUCGCGUCUUACACAUACAUAUAUUACGGCACUAGGUGGUCAAAUACACAAUCAACGAUGGUCAUAGAAUAAACUGAGGAAAAUAUAAUACUUUUUUCAAC